UCUUCUCGCCGUCGCACUACCCGCCAACGUCGACGGAGUUUUACAUUGCCCAGCUCUUGGAGCGCCUCGUGGCGUCGUCCGACAUUAGCGCAGGUCAGCAAAUGGCGCUCAAGACGCUCAUCAAGAAGCAAGAUGCACGUCUGUUUGCGGCCGCCGCGUCGUUUCAGCGUGACGGCGACAAAACAGCGCUCGUUCCCGUGCUGCACGACCUCUGCGGGGUCUUGAACUGGGAAGCCAACCACCAAAGCAUCCUCUACACGUGGAUUGUGCCGCUCGAGCAAAGCGGGCGUGGCGCGGGGCUGCGCGACCUCUGGGACGCCAACGACCCGCGGCUCAUGGCGGCGUACUUUCUCUUCCUCGAGGACCGGAACGAAGACGACUUUAUCGACACGCUUGUCCGACUGGCGACGACUUCUGCAACCACCGACACGGCGGCGGCCAAGCAUGCGCUCGACGAGCUCGUGACGGCCGGGCGUCUCAGCCAGGACGUCGAAGAGCAUUUGGCGCCCGAGGACCCGCGCGUCCUCGCCGCCCUGGACGUGUACGCCGACAGCCUCGACAUUCCCGACUUGGUCGAUACGCUCGAGCGCAUCGCAUCGCCUGACGCGACGGUCGCCAGUUCGCCUUUUAGUCCACGCACCACCGACAAGGAUGACGGCGACGACGACGAGAAGCGUGUCAUCGACGUGUCGGCGAUGGAAAAGCAGAUCUUACACCUCGUGUCCGAGCUCGACUUGCCGGAAGACGAGCUGCUCGCACUCAAAAGUGCUCUCGUUGAGAAUGACGUCGUCGUCCAAGCCGCGAUUCAGGUGUUUGAGGCCGAGAAGGACGAAGAGGACUUUAAGGACACGCUCCGACGCGUCGCUCGGCACCGCGCGAGUGCGUCCGAAGCCGUGCCGGCUGCCGAGAUGCUGAUCGAGACAUAGCCGUUUUUGCUGCUAAGCACGCACAAGAAGCUCCGUUUGUCAUCGUGCC